AUGGCAUCUCUGACCGCGAAGAGAAUAAUCGCCAGCGGCCCUUCAUGCACGCGCCUCUUCAUCUUGGCGGCAUGCCUUCUGCUGCCAUUUCUGACUCAAGCGUCUCUGGUAGAGAACCAUACAACUACCACCGCUGACCAAGUCUUGACGAAAGCAAUGAAGACGUCGUACCCACCAACAACGUCCGCCACGGUGGAAGACGAUGAACCCAACUACGAACAAGCGCUGCGAAACGCCGUGGCACGCUUGUUCGCCAGCAUGCCUUCGUCGAUCAGAAGGAAGCUCCUCGAGGCGGACGUGACACCCGAGUGCAGCAUCGGCCUCUUCCGGUUGAUGCGAGGAUUCCAGAACCUCGAGCCGUGGGCACUGAGAUUGUUCGACGCGUCCGGAAAGUACCCAUCGGGGUUGCUGCAGGCCACAAAAGCUGAUCUGGGAGCAUUCGACGAGUGUCUGGAGACCGUGGUGCGCGGCAGCUACGGCCAGGAAGUGUCCCAGGGCCAAUACUGCAGCGUGCUUUUCCAUCUGAAAGAGAACCGUGCCCUGAGAGAGCGCAUCAAGACACUUGACAUUUUGCACCCACUGAUUAAGCAGUACACGGAAUACUUCUUCAUUGAUGAAAUCCCCGUGACACGCCUAGGCAUCUGCAUCGUCAACGACUGCAAUAAACAAGACCUGCAGGCCAUCAUCGACGCAGGUGAGCGGGAGUAUUAA